AUGAAGACAAAUUUGGAGAAUGCACUUGUUGAUCUGAUAUCAUCGUCACCAACAAAUGGAACAACAGAACCAAAAGCAAUCACUAAUGCUCGCCAUUGGCACAAUUCAUGUAUCAACGAAAGUGCUAUCGAAGAGGAAGGUGUCGAUGUUAUACUUUCAUUCAUCAAUAAAGAACUUGGUGGAUGGCCUGUCUUGUUAGGUGAUACAUGGAAUGAUCAACAUUUGACUUUAAUCGUCUAA